CGCGGCUGCAGAGUGAGCAGUAAGCAGCGGGGAGACACAGCCCUUCGCCACAGCCAGCCUCCGCGUGUGUUCCCUCUGUCGGGAGAGCGCCAAUGCCUGGGCCGACCCAAACCUUGUCCCCAAAUGGAGAGAACAACAACGACAUCAUCCAGGAUAACGGGACCAUCAUUCCUUUCCGGAAGCACACAGUGCGCGGGGAGCGGUCCUACAGUUGGGGAAUGGCGGUCAACGUGUAUUCUACCUCGAUAACCCAGGAGACUAUGAGCAGGCAUGACAUCAUUGCGUGGGUUAACGACAUCGUCUCUCUAAACUACACAAAGGUGGAGCAGCUCUGUUCAGGAGCCGCCUAUUGCCAGUUCAUGGACAUGCUCUUCCCAGGCUGUAUCAGUCUGAAGAAAGUAAAAUUCCAAGCAAAGUUGGAGCAUGAGUAUAUCCACAAUUUUAAACUUCUGCAGGCAUCGUUUAAGCGGAUGAAUGUUGAUAAGGUAAUUCCAGUGGAGAAGCUGGUGAAAGGGCGUUUCCAAGACAACCUGGAUUUUAUUCAGUGGUUUAAGAAAUUCUACGAUGCUAACUAUGAUGGGAAGGAGUAUGAUCCUGUCGAGGCGCGACAAGGGCAAGAUGCAAUUCCUCCCCCUGACCCUGGCGAACAGAUCUUCAACCUGCCCAAGAAGUCUCACCACGCAAACUCCCCCACAGCAGGUGCGGCUAAAUCGAGCCCAGCAGCUAAGCCGGGAUCCACACCUUCUCGCCCCUCGUCUGCCAAAAGGGCUUCAUCCAGUGGCUCUGCAUCCAGAUCUGACAAAGAUUUAGAAACACAGGUCAUACAGCUCAACGAGCAGGUACAUUCGUUGAAACUUGCCCUAGAAGGUGUGGAGAAGGAGAGGGACUUCUACUUCGGGAAGCUGAGAGAGAUCGAAGUGCUGUGCCAGGAACAUGGGCAGGAAAACGAUGACCUUGUGCAGCGACUAAUGGAAGUACUCUAUGCUUCAGACGAGCAGGAGGGCCAAACAGAAGAGCCAGAAGCCGAGGAGCAAGCCCAUGACCAGCAGCCCCAGCAGCAAGAAGAGUACUGAACCGCCUCAGCAGCUCUUGACACUUCCAUCGUGUGUAGGGACUUUUCUUCUGGAGAAUUGGAACGUGUGUGGCCUGGAGCUCAGUAGAAACCAGCUGUUCCCAACCUGCCGUUACUAUCCAUCCGCCGCGAUGUCGCAUCGCCAACCAUUGCACUUGGUCUCCAUUUCCUUUGCCAAGAUGCGUUAGCAGAUGGCCGUUCUUUCUGGUCAUCUACCUGCGAGGUCAUAGGGUCACAUACCUUCAACUUCACCACUCGGCUGCUUGAAAUUGGUUCUACUCUUUCCCUUGUUUCUUUCCAGAACAGCUCUUUCCCACCCCAACACCACCACCACCACCAUCACCACCGCUACCACCACCACCCCUUUUUAUCCUGGUGUGAAACAAUGGUAAUUUGAUAUAUGGUAUUUAUAUUGGCAUUUCUCAACCCAGUGUCACUAGAUGUCACACGCAUUUGUGGUGCUUUGAUGUUUGCGAGUCUAACCUCCUAUCAUAAAUUUGGUCAGAUUAAGUAAUUGGAACAAAGGGAAACAGAUCCUUGAUAUGAAAGCCAUAAGACAGUAGCUUGUGUCGUGGGAAAACGCAGUUUCUCCCUCUACUCACAACACUAAGGGGAAAAGAAUGGAUUCAGAACUAGGACUUCAGGGCCCAGCAGUGUUGAUAGAGCAGCAUAUCAGACAACCACACAGACGACAUUCACUCCCAGACAACACCAUCUCAGCUUCGCCUCGGCUCCGUGUACCCCUGCCCACCCUCCCCACUUCCCAGCUUCUCGUGUUGUUUUCUUUUCUCAGGGUCCUCUUUGGUGGGGGUCCAUUCCCCGCAAGAUGUUGUCAUUGGCAGUCUGCAGUUGCAAAGGCGGGGGGAGUCUCAGAAGGCACAAGCCUUCCCGCCUCAUUCCUCUCCCCCUUUGUGAGGGCUUCAACCCAGGCCCUGCAAUUCCCAUGAAUUAGGGGGAUCGAGGGUGUACCCGGCAUGCCAGCCUUCCGCAUCGUGUUGGGACUGGCUGCAAAGCUGGAAAUGAAGACUUGAUUAGAAGCAUGGUUUCAGUGACUCCCAUUACCUUCCGGAGUAAGGACCCUCCCUGUCUCUGCAACACAGGGGCCCUUGUCAUUGACAUCUGCUCGACCAUGGCAAUUCAUAAAAAAUAGGAGACAUUAGUGAAUUGAAAGCAUUCCUUGUUUUUGACUAACAUUUGCACAUUUUCUUAGUGUCUUUCCUGACCGUUGCCUGUCUCCCCCUUUUAGCAGAUGACGCCCCUCCUAGCUCCCUCCUUUCAUUUGGUUUUGACUCUCGGUUUCCUGUCGCUGGUCAUUAGGCCAGCAAGUGCAGAAAAACAAGAAACAAAUGUGCCCGCCCCACCUUCCACUUAAAAAAAAAAACUCAAAAUAAAUUUCUGAAUUAUGCAUCAUAAAGCUUUGAAAGUUCUUUAUUAACUGAUGAAAUGCUAACUUUAAAUUCUAGCAUCGAAGUUUGCAACAAAAGACGGCUUUCCGAAAUCACCCUUUCCAGCCAGGUGUACAUAAUGAGGUCUUUGUGGGAAGAUGGCUUGCGUCCUUGAGAUGGUCACAACGCACUGUGCAGACAUGGACAGAUGUUCCAUGGUGUCUGGUUCCCCUUCCUUCUCUCUCCUGCUCACUCAGCCCUACAGCAGCAGCUCACCUCUCUGAGGCUGGAAGGCCUUGCUCCUUGCAGUGACAUCCUCCCAUGCCUGAUUGUGGCAGUGGCCGUGCUAUGGGCAGCAUCAGGCUUACUGGUUUGUUGCUCUUCGGAGUCUGUCUUAUUCACUCACUGUGUUUUUGUUUGUUUAUUUAAUAGCUAUUAUAAGGAGGUACAGUGAACAGCUACUUAUGGAUACCAGAGUGGUUGCUUUACCUGCCCUGGAGAUCUCAGUAAUGCCCAGGGUUGGGUGAUUUUAUAGCCACACUCCUGUAAAUGGGUACCGGGAGUCAGGCGCUUGUCUUCUCCCAGGCCUCUUGAGGCUGGUAAACUUGCAUAAAGCUCUCCCAGUGCCUCUUGCCGGAAGCACCCCGUUCUUCUUCACCUCCCUGGACUACUUAGCUGGAGACCUGCUGGCCACAUGUCUUAGCCUGAAAUAAUGUUUCCCAGCUGGUAUACUCCUCCUCCUUCCCAGUGCCUCGGGCCAGACCAUUCAUCCAUUUAGAGACAAGCUGUACCUCUUCUUCCCAUACCCAUCUUAAAAAUCUUCUCAAGUGUUAAGUCCCAGACGAUGCCAUGGAUGCUUGGGGGACGUCAUUCACAGCGAUUUCCAAGCUAUCCUUAGGCUGGAACUCUUGCCUCUGGGCACCCACCGCUGAUGGGUGGUGGGACACAUUCUCUUUUCUUGGCAUUCAGGCUCACGUGCCUCUAAGCUCUCUCCCAAUCACCUGACAUCAUAUUGGGUCCAGAGGCAUCCCAGCAUGUGUGCGCUGCUCCUCCUCCCUCAGGAAGUCUGAAUUUUCUUUUUUGUUCAUCCCACGCCCGCUGAUGUCUGAUUAUAGCGCUUCCGUUAUCACUGUUAGAUUUUGGAAGUGAUCGAAGCACGGGACAAAGAGAAAGCUCAUGUUCAUUCUAAGUAGAAAAAGCAGGAAAUAGGUAAAUAAAUAAAUAAACAUUCUGUUGAACUGAGAGAAGGAAACCCCAGAAGGGAGCCAAGACUCCCUCCUUUCCCUGGUGAGUGUCUCCAUUAUUCCGUUAAGGUUUAAUAUGCAUUCAGAUUGCUUUCACUAAAUAGUACACCAUAAAGCUUUUGUUAUAUAUUAAAUGUAAACUGAAAGGAAUGUAAACAUAUGUAUUGUUAAUUAUAAAUAUCGAUAAGUAAUGGCAUUCUAGAUGAAGAGGUCUUAUUCAGAUGCUUUCACACCCAUUUACAUUGCCCACUGUUGUCGCAUGGUAGGAUAGCUCUUUGUCUCUGAAGAUGUGAAUAACUUGACUUGCGUUGACCUUUUUACAUAUUUAAUAAAAAAAAAUAUA